UGAAACGCCUGCCGGUGCAUGAACAAAAUACAGCCUCUCCUUCCCCACUCUGCGGGCAGAGUUCCUGAAGACAGCUCCAGACUGGGCAUGGCUCAGAAAGCUCGGUGCUAGGAACGUCCUCUGGCUCCUCUCUGAAACAACUGACGGAAGAAAGCCAGGUCUGACCGGUCCAAAGACAGCCAGACAAAUGGCACUGGGGCAUGGUGGUUGCUGAUGACAACGCGUUUGAUUUCUGACAAAGCUUUCCGCCAGCCACGCUUCCCCGGGGAGGGGAGUCCUAAGGAAAACUCAAACCUGCCUGGAGUAGAGCUGUGGGGUGACGGCAUGGCAUCCCCGGGUCUGACUCUCACCUGGCUGCUGUGCGCUCACCUGCUGCAGAGCUGGCCCGGAGGGCGCACGGCGGAAACCCCCUACCCCCGGCUACGCCUGUCACAUAAAGAACUCUUGGAUCUGAACAGAACAUCAAUAUUUCACAGCCCUUUUGGAUUUCUGGAUCUCCAUGCAAUGCUGCUGGAUGAAUAUCAAGAACGGCUUUUUGUGGGAGGCAGGGACCUUGUGUAUUCCCUGAGCUUGGAGCGAAUCAGUGACGGCUAUAGAGAGAUACAUUGGCCUACUACAGCAGUAAAAAUGGAAGAAUGCAUAAUGAAAGGAAAAGAUGCAAGUGACUGUGUAAACUAUGUCCGGGUUUUGCAUCACUACAACAGGACACAUCUUCUCACCUGUGGUACUGGAGCUUUUGAUCCACUUUGUACCUUCAUCAGAGUUAGGAACCAUUUGCAGGAUCCUCUGUUUCACCUGGAAUCACACAGAUCCGAGAGAGGAAGGGGUCGAUGUCCUUUUGACCCCAGCUCUUCCUUUGUCUCCACACUAAUUGGGAGUGAAUUGUUCACUGGACUCUACAGUGACUACUGGGGCCGAGAUGCUGCAAUCUUCCGCAGCCCGGGCCGGCUGGCCCACCUCCGCACCGAGCACGACGACGAGCGCCUGCUGAAAGAACCAAAGUUUGUAGGUUCGUAUAUGAUUCCUGACAAUGAAGACCAUGAUGACAACAAGCUGUAUUUCUUUUUUACUGAGAAGGCCCUGGAGGCAGAGAACAACGCCCACACCAUCUACACCAGAGUGGGGAGGCUGUGUGUGAAUGAUAUGGGAGGACAGAGAAUACUGGUAAAUAAGUGGAGCACAUUCCUCAAGGCCAGGCUGGUUUGCUCAGUACCAGGAGGAAAUGGCAUUGAUACCUAUUUUGAUGAAUUAGAGGAUAUCUUUUUGCUGCAUACCAGAGACCAUAAGAACCCAGUGAUAUUUGGACUCUUUAACACUACCAGUAAUAUAUUUAGAGGGCAUGCUAUAUGUGUCUACCAUAUGUCCAGCAUUCGAGCAGCUUUUAAUGGCCCAUAUGCACACAAGGAAGGUCCUGAAUAUCACUGGUCACUCUAUGAAGGAAAAGUCCCAUAUCCAAGGCCUGGAUCUUGUGCCAGCAAAGUGAAUGGAGGAAAGUAUGGAACCACGAAAGACUACCCUGAUGAUGCUAUUCGAUUUGCAAGAACUCAUCCACUUAUGUACCAGCCCAUAAAACCUGCCCACAAAAAACCAAUACUGGUAAAAACAGAUGGAAAAUACAACUUGAAGCAAAUAGCAGUGGAUCGAGUAGAAGCUGAGGAUGGCCAGUAUGACGUUUUAUUUAUUGGGACAGAUACUGGAAUUGUGCUUAAAGUUAUCACAAUUUAUAACCAAGAGACUGGAUCAAUGGAAGAAGUAAUUCUAGAAGAACUUCAAAUAUUCAAGGAUCCAACUCCUAUUAUUUCUAUGGAGAUCUCUUCAAAGAGACAACAGCUGUAUGUUGGAUCUGCUUCUGAUGUGGCUCAAGUCAGAUUCCAUCACUGUGAUAUGUAUGGAAGUGCCUGUGCUGACUGCUGUCUGGCUCGGGACCCUUACUGUGCUUGGGAUGGCAUAUCCUGUUCCCGGUACUACCCAACAGGCACACAUGCAAAAAGGCGUUUCCGCAGACAAGAUGUGCGGCAUGGAAAUGCAGCUCAGCAAUGCUUUGGACAGCAGUUUGUCGGAGAUGCUUUGGAUAAGACUGAAGAGCGAUUGGUUUAUGGCAUAGAAAACAACAGUACUUUGCUGGAAUGUACCCCACGAUCUUUACAAGCAAAAGUCAUCUGGUUUGUACAGAAAGGACGUGAAACAAGAAAAGAAGAGGUUAAGACAGAUGACAGAGUGGUUAAAAUGGACCUGGGCUUGCUCUUCCUCAGGAUACGCAAAGCCGAUGCUGGGACCUAUUUUUGCCAGACAGUAGAGCAUAGCUUUGUCCAUACGAUCCGUAAAAUCACCCUGGAGAUAGUGGAAGAAGAGAGAGUGGAGGAGAUGUUUAAUAAAGACUACGAGGAGGAAGGGCCGCACCGGAUGCCGUGUCCGGCCCGCAGUAGUAUCCCUCAAGGAACAAAACCAUGGUACAAGGAAUUCCUGCAGCUGAUCGGGUAUAGCAACUUCCAGAGAGUGGAAGAGUAUUGUGAAAAAGUGUGGUGCACAGAUAAGAAGAGGAAAAAGCUCAAAAUGUCACCUUCGAAGUGGAAGUAUGCCAACCCACAGGAGAAGAAGCUGCGCUCCAAACCUGAGCACUAUCGUCUGCCCAGGCACGUGCUGGACUCCUGAUGGGUUGAAACCACCUAUUGAACCACCCAUUGGCUUUGGAAAAAGUUUUACAAUGGAAAUCGAAACAACAGCAACAACAAGAAAAUAAUGACAAAGCAUCCAACUUCUUUCCAUUGCUCUUGCACAGAAAUGACUAAAGGUGUUACAAUAAGUUAUUCUACAUACUCAUCUGACUGGAUAAAGCUCUCUUAAUAUUAACUAAUUUUUAAACAAGUCAUUGUUGAAUAGCUUCAUAUUAUAUUUAUCAUUAAAAAACGGCAUAGCUGUAGUUUUGUGUUUGAGGUGUAUUUCCAAGGAAAUUAUUACAUUAGCUUUGGGGGAAAAAUUAGAACAUUCAAGAAAAAAAAGAGAAUUUCAGAAUCAUGAAAAAUAUACAACUAAUCUUUGAAUUUUUCAUUUCCAUCAUGGUGUAAAAUAUGCAGAAUAUCAGAUAUAUUCACAUUUUCCUGUAAGUUUUCUGUACCUGUUAAUUAUUGUAUCAAUGUCUAAGCCACGAGAUUUGAGUAGCAGGUGUGUGUCUGUGGUUGCUAUAAAUCAUGAAAGGAAAAUAUGGUCAUUUGAGGCCUGUGCUCUUCACAAAACAUUUACCAAACCAUAUUGGUGAUAUUUCUGGUAUAUAAUGUUAACAUGUCCUUUACAUUUCACUCCAGUGUGGAAGGGUGGAAGUCAAGAUAACUUUCUCAGAAAGAUAUCAAUGAAUGUCAAAACUUGAGUUACAGUUAAAAUUAGAACUAAAGAUGUAUUCUGCCCUCUUGUGGUCAUAUGUUGUCUUAUGUUUCUUUUUCUCUUCUAGUGAGCUCUCUGGGAAAGAUUUGAAAACAGAUUAUAAGAUCUAUCUAGUUCAUUUUCAGAAAAAUCAAACAAAACUUUAAAGUAUUUAUACUUGUAUCAUGAUUGGUGAUCAAGAUAAUAUGGUAAUAUGUAUGACUUCACACGUCAAAUAUAGAGAUAUUGCAGACCUGAAAUGCUAGUAACACUUAAAAGUUUAUUCUUUUGAAAGAAUUGUACCUGAAAUCUAAAAGGUAUUUUGGAAGCAUGUUUUAUUUAUAGCAAAAAUAUUAGGCAUUUUGUCUCAGAUACUAUUUUUUUCAGUUCUAUUUCAGCAAACAGGAAAAUUGUUUCAUGAGUUCAUUUUACUACUGAGAUUUUCAAAGUAUUAUAUUUACCUUUUUUCCUUAUAAAUAGUAUCUAAAUUUGGUAUUUUUGAGAAUGUUCAUUUCUUGAAGUAUUCUUCAUAUUUUAAAGAAUUAGCAGUUGCAUUUCUAAAGCACAGAUUUCUGAGACAUUUUAUUUAGAUAAAAUUAAAAGCAGCAGGACCACACAUACAAACAAGUUAUAAGUAUUUAUUUAGAUGGUAAAUUUAGAUAUUUAUUUCAGUUUUCAAAGUUAUCUUGUAAGCUAUAUAAUUAAGAUAAGAUGU